CCGGUAUGAUGACAAAUUUGUCUGCUGAUAUUGCAGAUCUUAUUUUCUAAAAAUAAUUCCUCAAAAGGAAGGAGACAGCAGCUGCAUUUGAAAUAUCUGGAAACAUUAUUUUGAAUGGAUUUGUAUAUCACAUCACCAAUUUAAGGUUUUCUUCACCAUCACUACAGUGCAGCUCUGUGGUCAGACACCCACCUACCACCAUGGCCAUCAUCGGUGUCGGUUUAGAUGACCAAUCAUUCAGCAGUGACGAGAGUUACGGCCACCUUUUCCUAGAGUCAGAGGGCCCCACGGUCAAAGGCUUGUACUUCCAGCGUGGUAGGAUUCUCCGAGGACCAGAGGCCUCUCGUCCGAUCCUCGAUCCUUACAGACAAGCCCUCAUCAAUGUGGGGGGCGUCAGGUACAGCUUUCCCUGGAGCACCCUGGAGGAAUUCCCAGAGAGCCGUCUGAGUCGUCUGCGCUCCUGCACCAACCUGAAGGAGAUAGCAGAGUUUUGCGAUGACUACGACUCGAUGCGCCACGAGUUCUUUUUUGACCGCGACCCUUUCGCCUUUCGAACUAUCUUCUGCUUCCUGGUGAAUGGGAAGCUGAGGGUAUUGCAGGAUGUCUGCAGCGUAGCGCUGCACACCGAGCUGCUGUACUGGGGCAUAGAUUUAAACCAGAUGAUGCCCUGCUGCCGCCAUCGCGUGGUGAACUAUGUGGAGAAUGUGGCCCAGCACCAGCGCAAGGAGAAGGAGUGGCGGGAGAGAAGGAAGGCCAUGAGGGCAUGUGUGGUAAAAAGAAGCCUGUUCUACAAGCUGGGGGAAGUCGUGGACAACCCUGAUUCGGGUUUAGCAGGGAAAGUGUUUGCCUGCCUGUCUGUCAUCAUGGUGGUGGUCACAGUGCUCAGCCUGUGCAUCGGCACCAUGUUAGACGGCCAGCAGGAAGGAAGCAGGGGUGAAUGCUUGCAACAGUGCCGCAGCAUGUUUUUGAUAGAAACAGUUUGUGUGAUGUGGUUCACCUUAGAGUUGUUGGUGCGAUUUUUCCACGCACACAGCAAGCUGGAGUUUAUUCGAGGCCCUCUCAACAUCACUGAUGUGGCCGCCAUCUCGCCCUACUAUAUCUCGCUGUUUCUGGAGCUCAGGGACGAGACAGUGCACGAUAUUGUUGCAGAAGGAGGGAAGAGCACCUUGGAUAAGCUGGGUCUGAUCCUGCGGGUGCUCAGGGCGCUACGUGUCCUGUAUGUGGUGAGGCUGGCCCGUCAUUCUAUGGGCCUGCAGACUCUGGGUUUGACCAUCCAGCGCAGCUUCACCGACUUCGGCCUGCUGCUGCUCUUCGUGUGUGUCUCCGUGGCUCUCUUCUCUCCCCUGGUCCACCUCAUCGAGAGUGAGCUGGCGCCGAAUGCUGCCAAGUUUCCCCAUCUCAGCUUCAGCAGCAUCCCAGCAUCGUACUGGUGGACCAUCAUCUCGGUGACCACUGUGGGGUACGGGGACAUGGUGCCAUUCAGCACCCUAGGACAACUGAUGGCGUUAAUCGUCAUCUUGUUGGGGAUCCUCAUCCUGUCUUUCCCUUCCACAUCGAUCUUCCACACCUUUAACUGCACUUACACUGAGCUCAGGGAGGAGCGCAAAAGGCAGCACAAGGAGGAGAUGGAUGCUGAGCUCAUCACUGAGAUGGAAGAAAGCCUGAAGGAAAGGGACACAUGGCCUGAUAACUAUUCACAGACAGACUUCUUACCUGGGCUAGAGGAUCCUCAAUACCUCUUCAUGACAGAUAUUAAAGUGUUGGCUAAGAGCACAACUCACCAACCUCUUAUUCCUGUAGAUCAGAACCUUAUGUAAAGGAGAAUUUAGCCAAAAGUGAAAGGGGCAAGGGUUGAGAAUAUGAUCUGUUUUUCUAAAUUUGGCUGUUUGGAUCCUUGAUGUGUAUACGGUUCCUUUACUGUUUGGAUCUAGAUGUUAUAAGUUAUGCAGUCAGGUCUCAGUCACCUUUGUAAUAGACUUUCUACCUAUCUAUUAUUAGGAUUUGAGUUAAACAGAUUUUAAUUUUUCCCUCAAAGUCUUGAUAUAUACCUAAAAAAAAACAUCCUUAAGUCCUCAAACACAUCCUUUUAAUAACUCUUUAACAUCAGACCUGAUGAAAAUAUUAAUGUGUGGGGUUGACUUACUUACCCUGAUUGCUGCUUUGCCUCCACUCAAUGCACACACACACACACACACACACACACACACACACACACACACACACACACACACACACACACACACACACACACACACACACACACACACACACACACUUAUAUAGCAUUAUUUUCUUCAUUGUACAUUAAUACUGAAGACAUCAGAACUAUAAAAGAAUACAUAUGGAAUUUUGUUGUAAACAAAAAAGUCCUAAUCUUCAGUAGAAAAUAAUUAAAUAAAAGCUGUUGAAUGAGAAAGUGUGUCCCAACUUUUGGCUGGUAGGUCAUAUACAAGACAAAAAAAAGUGACAACUGAUUUAAUAAAGAGAGACAUUACAUGACUACAUGACAUCCCAUCCAUGCAUUCACACAAUGGUGCACUCUGAGAAGCAUUAGAGUAAAGUACAAAACACAGACUCUUUUCAAUCCAUCAAAUACAUGUAUGACUUUUCAUCCAUAACUCUAAGGUCCCUGUAGUAAUACCUACAAUGUGGGAGUCCCAGCUCUCAAUUUGAUUUAGAUAAUUAGCAAUAAGUGCAGCUAUUUUAGUUAGAAAUGAAACUGUAUAAAAGUGAAGAGUUCUUCUGGGUGACCUGCUGAAAAAGGUGUGUAGUUUAAGUACAACAGUCACAGAUGGUUGGAAUGGCUCCUUGUCCACAUACUUUUGGCAAUGUAGUACAUAUGUUAAAUAUCAUUUACAGCAAUGUGUAUGUGAACCUUUAAUGCGUACAGAAAUCCAUCCAUCCAUCCAUUAUCUAUACACCGCUUAAUCCUCACUAGGGUCGCGGGGGGGGGGGGCUGGAGUCUAUCCCAGCUGACUCAGGUGAAGGCAGGGGACACCCUAGACAGGUCGCCAGUCUGUCGCAGGGCUACAUAUAUAGACAAACAAGCACUCUCACAUUCACACCUACGGGCAAUUUAGAGUAAUCAAUUAACCUCAGCAUAUUUUUGGACUGUGGGAGGAAGCCGGAGUACCCGGAGAAAACCCACGCAUGCACAGGGAGAACAUGCAAACUCCAUGCAGAAAGAUCCCGGGAAAGCCGGGACGUGAACCAGGGACCUUCUUGCUGCAAGGCGAAAGUGCUAACCACUACACCACUGUGCAGCCC